AUGGCAGUGAUAUCUCUCAUCUCUGGCGAGCUCGCCAAUGUCUGCGUGGAGAGCUUCCUAUACGGCAUCUUCUUCCUGCUCUCUAUCGUGUCCAUGUGGCUGCUCGUCCAUCGCCUGCGAGAUGGCUCCCGGUCGGGCAGCGGCCCUCGUAUCCGCGAUGCAACACCGCCGACGUCCAUCAUGAUCUUCAUCGGUGCCGGGCACUGGCUCACCGUCGUCAUCCGUCUGUUCGAUGCUUUUGUGAACUUCGAGGGCGGCGCCAACCCGCUGCUGUUCUACGCCAACUUCAACCAGCCGACGGAGGUCGUGCAGAGCGCGGCACUGAUCACCGUGGCACUCAUUAACGACACGAUCAUUAUAUACCGGCUGUGGGUGAUCUGGUCAUACGACAAUCGUGUGAUCGUAUUCCCCGUAUGUACUCUCAUCGGCCUGACAAUCUGCGGGUACGGAUCAACGUACCAGCUGACGCGCAUGCACAUUGGGGAGGAUAUCUUCGUCAGCGCAGCCGGCCGCUGGCUGACGAGCAACUGCGUGUUCACGCUUUGCACCAACGUGUACAGUACAGUCAUGAUCGCAUGGCGCAUCUGGCGGGUAAAUAAGGCCUCGAAGGCACAUGGAGGCGGAAACCUAACCGGACCCCUCGCCAUCGUUGUCGAAAGCGCUGCUCUAUACACGACCUGGACGAUCUUCUUCCUCGUCACGUAUGAGGCGCAGACAAACCUCCAGUUCGUCAGCAACUGUGGCCUGCCGAUGGUCGCAGGCAUCUCAUUCAUGCUCAUCAACGUGCGCGUCGGGCUCGGCUGGGCGCAGCGCGCACCACGGCAGGACUCACUGUCCGAAUUUGCCGCAGCGGGCCGCUCGACGCAGGCAGAUGACCAGGCAUUCUCCAUGCACCAGCUCGCGGUGAGUAUGCAGUCCACCAGCCAGCACAGCGACCAGAAGAAACUUCCCUCAGUACUCAAUGGGGGUUAUGCGGAGCCCUAA